AACCCCUCCUGGACGAAGCUACUUCCAAAAAACAAACGCAGUAUUCUCUGCUCAAUAUCUCGCCUGGCAUUUCUUGGAGAGAUGACGAAGGAAAAGCAUCUACCCUUAAUGACCCUUCUCAAUCCACACGACGCCGUCAUUCUAGAAGAAGAAUGCGCCGAAGAAGAAUAUCCGACAUUGACGAUCAUGAUUAUGACGGCAUUGGUGGUGGCUGGAUACCACUGCAGCAGAUAAAGCAGACAAACGAAGAAGAUGACGAGGAUGCAAAAUUCAUCUCACAAUUGUUAUCAGAUGUGAAAAGAGAACCUAUUACUGAUGUUUUCCCUGGUUUCAGUCCUUUCCAAAUCCCUAAAACAUUGCCUAAGUUUAAACGAGAAGAGGAAAAGGAAUCCAUCCCCCUAUCUGAAUUUAGCUUCUUGGAAGUAGAAAUUCAAAAAGAACCAAAUAAUGCCACCCCUGUCAAGAAGACUGAACCAGACCAACCCUAUUUCGAGACGGAGAUAUGGAAGCAUGAUGAAACAUAUAAACCCAUGAAAGAAGCAUCUAACGAUUUGGUUCAUAUUUCCGAUACAAAAAGGAAGGCAGAUGACAAACUUAUGACAGCCAUAACCGGAGUGUGCAUUGCAGAGGUACAUUUUGAUAUUGAAAAUUGCGGAGACCAGUCGGAUUCAUCUGAUUACUUACAACCGAUAUCAGAGAAAGACAACAAGGGGGAAAAUUCAAGCGAAACAGAAAGCGGUGUUAUCCAUGAGUUUUGCAUCGCAGAAAUGAACUUUGAUGUUGACAAUAUCGAAGGAGACUUAAAGUCAGAGAAAACCAGUAAUGAAACAGACACAGAACAAGCUAGUGCUGCCGCAGGAUUUUGCUUAGCUGAGGUAAACUUUGAUGUUAAAAACAUCGAAGGACCUUCUGCAUCAUCAUACUAUCUGCAGCCAAAUACAGAUACAGAGAACAAGGAGGAUAAAAUGUCGAUUGCUUUGUCUACUGGGUUAUGUAUUGCAGAUAUUAACUUUGACAUUGAAAAUACGGAACAUGUUUCUGAUUCAUCAGACUACCUAGAACCAACUGAAUUCGGUUUCAGAACGCAUAUUCUGCAAGGUGAAGAAUCGGACAAUAAGACAUACGAACAAUUGCAAAAUGUCACUGACACAAAGGUUUCCAUUCCAAACUUAGAAGGCUUGAAUGAACACUCCAUGCAAGAUGAUGCCAAUGAUAAGAUUUGUUUUGCGGAUUUGCACAAUUUUCAAGAAAUUAUGACGGAAAUUGAAUCUGUGGAAAAAUCAGCAUCAUGGAUUCGAGAUUCCUCAGCCAACGAAUACGAGAAAUUGGGAAAGUCUACAGAGAUCGAUAUUGACGUUCCAGAGGAAGAUCAAACGACAGAGACACCAACGCCGUUUACUGAUUUCGGACCCGAUGUUUGCUUCGCAGAACUGCAAAAUUUUGAGCAACUGCUGAUUGAAUCUGAGGCGGUGGAGCAGGCACCCUCAGACGAUUCACAUGGAAGUCAUUACGACGAAAUCAAGAUUAAUGUGGAGAUAAACCAUGGCGAUGGAUCUGCCCGUAUCUCUAAAUGAUCACAGAUACCCAUAUCACACCUUAGUAUAAGAAGAACUACUUGAAGACUUGUUACAAAUGGGUUCACUUAAAGACUUGGUAUACAGAGAACCAGCUAAGACUUGGUAUACAGAGUACCAACUAAGACUUGGUAUACAGAGAACCAGCUAAGACUUGGUAUACAAAAAUAAACGUCAGCUUUGUACAUAGGCUAAGUAAUUGAAUAUACAAAUGUAUCUUGCUUAAUGGGGAUUCUAUAUAAUUCUUUUUUUAAUAUUGUAUGUGUUGUCUUUUUGGUAGUCAAUGACACUUUACUGUGUACGUUUUAAUAUUGUAUGUCUUGUCUUUUUGGUAGUCAAUGACAUUUUACUAUGUGUGUUUAAUGGAAACAGGUACGUAUACACAUCCUGCAUGGUUCCUUUUUUUAACAAUUGAUGUUUUCGUUUACAAAAUGCCUUAUUUUGAUCACUGUUCGUUAUUUUCACCCUUCAUUAUUGUCACGGUAUUGAUUUCGAAUCACUAUGGAUAUCUUUUUUAAAAAAACAUUAUCAGAUAAACUAAAAUAACUAAAGUCGUAUGUUAAUUUCAUUUUUAUAUGUACUCGUACAUUGAGUUUUCUCUGCCAAGAUCAGAAUGUCCGACUUUUUAGAGUAAAUACGCUUUUGAAGACACAAUUGUACAAUUUUAUCGACAAAUAUAUAUUCCUUUUGUAGACUGUGCACAUAUAAUGUUUGCUUGAUUAUAUUGAUUUCAUUUUUGUUUGUUUAUAUGAAACUAAAUAUGCU